CCCAGCUCCCCACCUCAGUUCCUCGCAAAAGAGAGGCAGCCUCAUUUCCUCACACUGCUACUCCACACCUAGGAGAACACAGGGCAACAAAAAAACAGAGCCCUCAACACAGCAGGCCAGUCCUCUCAACCCCCACCCUCACACAGAGAGAGAAAUGGCGUCUUAUGACAAGACCAUCGCCACGGCGGCCUCCCUGGCAGCCUCCCUCAUGCUCGUCCGCGGCCUCGCGAAUGAGCUGCUGCCGUCCGAGGUGCGCGAGGCCCUCUCCGACCUCCUCGCCAGCCUCCGCUCCCGCCUGACAUGGCAGCACACCAUCGUCAUCGAGGAGAACGAGGGUUGGUCCUAUAACCACGUCUACGGCGCCGUCAAGGCCUACCUCGCCGCGCACAUCGACAACGCCCCCGCCAACAUCAGCAUGCAGCGCCUGCGGGUCAGCAGCGCCGAGAGCGAGGCCGAGAAGAUGAUCGUCAGCAUGGAGGCGGGAGAGGAGAUGGCCGACGUGUACGAAGGGACGGAGUUCAAGUGGUGCCUCGUCACCCGUGAGGUCAAGGGCGACCCAAAUGGGAACGGCGGCGCACGGGAGGUGAGGUCCUAUGAGGUGAGCUUCCACAAGAGGCACAAGGAGAAGGCCUUGAAGGAGUACCUCCCAUUCAUCGUCGCCAAGGCCAAGGCCAUCAAGGAUGGGGAGAGGAGCCUCAGCAUUUACAUGAACGAGUACUCCGAUGAGUGGAACCCCAUGGAGCUCCAGCACCCGUCAACAUUCGAGACCCUGGCCAUGGACCAGAAGCAGAAGCAGUCCAUCAUCGACGACCUUGACAGGUUCAUCAAGAGGAAGGAUUACUAUAGGAGGAUCGGUAAGGCAUGGAAGCGAGGGUACCUGCUGUACGGUCCACCGGGUACCGGCAAGUCCAGCCUCAUCGCCGCCAUAGCCAACCACCUCAGGUUCGACAUAUACGACCUCGAGCUGACUGGGGUGGAUUCCAACUCAGACCUCAGGCGGCUUCUUGUUGGCAUGACCAACCGAUCCAUUCUUGUGGUUGAAGACAUCGACUGCACCAUCGAACUGAAGCAAAGAGAGGAUCAGGAUGAAGACGAGGAACAUGCCAAGUCCAAUUCUACAGAAAAAAAGAAGGCAGAAGACAAGGUAACGCUAUCUGGGCUGCUCAAUUUUGUUGAUGGCUUGUGGUCGACAACUGGGGAAGAAAGGAUCAUCAUCUUCACAACCAACUACAAGGAGCGUCUCGACCCAGCACUUCUGCGGCCUGGCAGGAUGGACAUGCACAUCCACAUGGGGUACUGCACCCCGGAGGCUUUCCGGAUCCUUGCUAAUAACUACCACGCCAUUGACUCUCAUGCCACGUAUCCAGAUAUUGAGGAGCUGAUCAAGGAGGUGAGUGUGACGCCUGCAGAGGUCGCCGAGGUUCUGAUGAGGAAUGACGACACUGAUGUCGCGCUCGAUGAUCUUGUCAAGCUCCUAAACAGAAAGAAGAUAGAUGCUGCCAAUGAGAUAAAGACUGAAGACAAGCAGGUCGAUGAGAAGAAAGAGGGUGUUGAGAUCAAGACUGAAAACCAGCAGGUGGAUGUGAAGAAAGAUGCCAAUGAGAUCAAAACUGAAAGUGUGCAGGUGGAGAAGAAAGAUGACAAAGAGGUAGUGGUCAAGAUCGAUUCCACAGAAGAGUGGAGCGGUUAGGUGCUGGAAGCUAACACUGACCAAAGAGUGUGCCUACCAUGUAGAUUGGUCCUACAGGAGAUCCAUCGCAAAAUAUGUUAUCAUUUUGACAAUUAAUAACA